AUGAAGAGGAGCAUAUCAAGGGCGAUGACGUCGUCUGGCAGUGUUGCAAAGAGAACAAGUUUACAAAUAAGAUCCUUACCAGAUACCGUUAGUGUUAAUCAUGGUACUCAUGGCUAUAAAAAUGCAAGCAGAGCAGUUGUCUCGAAGAAUAGAUCGAAGAGAACAAAUUGGGUUGACGAAUUUGAACAGUUUGCUCGGUUACGCAGAGUAACCUAUGAAAGCGAUGAAAGAUUGGCCAAGGCUAUUGAAGACUAUUUGAAACAAAUUGGUAGUGAUUAUCGCAAGAUGAAUAACGUAUCUACUAAAUUGUUGAAUGAGAAGUUACAACAAGCGAAGAUGCAAUGGGUUGAAGAAAAUGGGCCGCUACCAGGAACUGAAUCUUCUUCGUCUUCGAUAGAGUCACAGGAUGUUGAUAUCAAGCAUAAUCAAAAACUGUUUCAAAAAGUAGCUGCACAGAUCAAGGAUGAGCAUUACCCUAUGGUGCAUGCUUUCCCGGGGAAUACUAAUUUUGAAUAUCUGUGCAAUUGCAUAAGGUUAGUCUCCAAUAGAAAGACAAUUCUAUUCUCAUUGGAUAUCGAAGCCUUUGAACGUGAUAAUAAUGUGGUUACAGAAAUUGGGAUUUCGAUUUACGACCCAAGGGAAAAUGUACACUCGUUGGUACCGGUCAAACGUAAUUAUCAUUUGGUGAUAUUUGAAUCUCUGCAUUUGAGAAAUAAAAAAUUUGUUUGUGAUUCGAAGGAUUGUUACAUUUUGGGUGAAAGUUUGGUGUUAGAUUUACAGGGAUGUGUGGAAUUUGUACAGGCAUUGGUGGAUUAUUAUAUGAUACCACAGACAAAGGAGGAUCGUAGUUGGUCAAGGGCAUUUGUUGGUCAUAAUUUACACGGAGAUUUGAAAUGGUUGAGGAUGCUUGGUGUUAAUAUCCCUAAUGAUAAUCAGAUGGAUUUCAGUUUAACCAAUUUACGGGAGAACAAACAGACUUACGUCCUGGAUACUGAAAAACUCUAUAGGUCUUGUUACGGUAAUUUCGGUGGUAAUUUGGGUCGUAUACUGAGGUUGUUCCGUAUACCGCAUGCUUUUUUACACAAUGCUGGUAAUGACGCUCACUAUACUUUACAACUGCUAAUGUGUAUGUGUGACAUUAGUUUUCGUAAACAUGCAAGUAUGGACGAAUUGGAAGUUAUACAGCGCAGAAUUAAAUGGUGGUUAAGUCGUGAAAAAAUUGAACCUAAGGUCCUCCCCAUAUCUUACGUGCUUUCAGUUAAUGAAUCGUUACAAAGUGUACCAAGCAAUAACAACAAUAACAACCUUCCUAGCAGGAAGCGUUCAAAGGCUAUCGUACAAACAGAAUUUGGCGGCGCUAGAUGGUUCGACAGCGCUCGCAUAGCAUUCGAAAGUACUUUGGGUUAG